UUGUAUGUUUGUGUGUACGUGGCCGCCCGCGCGUGUUGCUACGUGCACGCGGGCGUGUGCGCGUAUCGCAUUUGUGUGUGCAAGCUCGUGCGGGAAAAGGACAGGACAUGAGUGCACAUUGAGAGAGCGGCUCUUUUACUCGGCGUGAUCAUUUCACGCUUCCCCCCGAAGCCUUUUUUCCACCUAAAGCGUUUAGUUGCAGCUGACUGAGCACUUGCAGGGAGUGCAAUAGGGAGCGGAAGGGUCGAAUUAUUUCAACCUACAACUCGCCCCAAAACUACUGUAGGGCGAAAGAAGAAAAAAACAGAGAGGGAGAGAAGAAAACAGUGCCAGAGGGUGAGGGUGAGCGAGAGAGGGAGAGAGAGGAAGAGAGGGAGAGGGGGACACUGGAAAAAGUUUUUGUUCUUUUCCUUUUUUUUUUCCCUCCCUUCAUCGCCUCCCCCUGUUCUACCCGGGUAACAUGGACCAGGGGCCCAAGAGUCCUGCACUGCGGCUGGGGAGAGCAGGACAUGGUGGGGUGAACCAACUUGGAGGUGUGUUUGUAAACGGCAGGCCCCUCCCAGAUGUUGUGCGGCAGCGAAUAGUAGAACUCGCCCACCAAGGGGUUCGGCCCUGCGACAUCUCACGCCAGCUACGAGUCAGCCACGGAUGUGUCAGCAAGAUACUGGGCAGGUACUAUGAAACGGGCAGUAUCCGCCCCGGGGUAAUCGGGGGAUCCAAACCAAAGGUUGCUACUCCCAAAGUGGUCGACAAGAUCGCCGAUUACAAACGCCAAAACCCCACCAUGUUUGCCUGGGAGAUCCGGGACAGGCUCCUGGCCGAGAGAGUGUGUGACAACGACAGUGUCCCCAGUGUCAGCUCCAUCAACAGGAUCAUUCGGACAAAGGUUCAGCAGCCGCCCGGCCAAACGGGCUCAGUGUCGGCUCACAACUUAGCGACGUCCGUGGCUGCCACACAAGUGUCAGCAGUGACCAGUGACUCAGCCGGCUCCUCGUACUCCAUCAGUGGCAUUCUGGGUAUCAGCUCAGCUGCUGACGUGGGCAAGAGGAAGAGGGACGAAGGUCUGCAGGAGUCACCACUGGCCAACGGGCAUGGCCAUAGUGGGCGGGACUUCCUCAGGAAGCAGAUGAGAGGGGAGCUGUUUUCGCCACAGCAGAUCGAGGUAUUGGACCGCCUGUUUGACAGACAGCCACCCUGUCCAAUCCAAUCCAGCUCUGACCUCUAUGUGAGCCCUGACUGUGGCAAGACGUCCGAUUAUUCGGCCAUGGCCUCACUAACUGGUGGAUUGGACGAGAUGAAGAACAGUUUAGCCAAUCCUGGUACAGGGUCAGAGUUAGGAGCCAGUGUGUCCGGUCCACAGUCCUAUUCACUCGUUCCAGGUAGAGACCUAGCCAGCACCACUCUGCCAGGCUACCCUCCUCAUGUUCCUCCCACUGGCCAGGGCAGCUACUCCACCCCCUCCCUCACUGGCAUGGUACCUGGGGGAGAUUUUUCCGGAAGUCCAUAUUCCCAUCCCCAGUAUUCCACAUACAAUGAAUCGUGGAGAUUUCCUAACCCCAGCUUAUUAGUGUUUCAGCAGGAUUAUGGGUCUCUCCUGGGGACGGAAAUCGGCUGCUCCUCCAGUCUCUUCACCAGCCAGGCAGGACAGAUGCAAGGGUCCCCGUACUACUACAGUGCAACAUCACGGGGGGCGGGGCCUGCUGCUACUGCAACAGCCUCCGCCUACGAUCGCCACUGACCCCUCCUACUGAGAACAGAGGAGGAUGAGGAGAAGGAGACGAGGGAGGGAGGGAGGGAUGGAUAGCACCAGCACCAAUCAGUACAAACCUGCCUACGCACGGACAACAAUGAGGAUGAAGAUUUCAAAUUUCUGACGUCAGUGAAGUUUGAAUUUUCUUUGAUUGACACUUAAAGCCAACAAACGCACUGCUGGCCUGCAACACAGACAUGCUGUUUGGGUAUUACAUUACUGAGAGGACACAGGUGUGGCAGUGUCAAUAUGUGAUAGAUUAAGAAGAUUUUUUUUAAGCACGUAAAUUGGACUCCAGUACUUUUGUCAAGGCUUGGUAUUCAUUGUUUUAAACAGUCACCUACAAAUCCAAGAAAUCAGUGGACUGUGUGUGCAACAGAGACUGAAGCUGUAUUGUGGUCUUCUGGGUAAAAUGUGUUUUCAGGUUGAGUUGAUCAGAGCAAAAUCACUUAUUCAAACAGUCUUUUUAUGCCCCGACAUCAAUCAAUCAAUUUUCUAUGCCAUGCUACGGUGAAGUAAAGACAAUCCAAUUCUCAUAACUUUAAAUGACCAAAAUCACUUAAAGCAUUACCAUUCUAGUCUCUCUGCUGUAGAUUCAACACAUUUCCCCUGGGAUCACAAUGCUUAAUAUUAAAUACCCUACUUGUUCAUGGGAGUGUCCAGUUUCACAAUUGACCGUUCGCUAAGCCCCCCUUCCUACCCCCAUUAGUUACUGUGCUAUGCCUGGAGGAAGUGGAAAUGGUGUUAAAUGUCAUAACAAAACAAAGAAAUCUUUAGCUGUAGCCUGUAGUGACUUAACAGUUCAUUGAUGGCACAGUUAGCUAAUGGUCAACACAAACCUCAACAUCUGUCACUAUUUGUUUGCGUUACACUAAUCAGAUUUUGUGUUCAUUAAUAAUAGUGUAAUUGCUUUAUUUGUGUUUCUAAAAAUACUUUUUUAGUUAUUUAUACAAGCCAAGCUCAAACAGCACGACUUCAGUAAAUCCAGCAGAAUACAGAAUCAACCUCUGUUAACGUGCCUCCCAUCAUUUCCCUCCUUAAAUGCACAUGCAAUGAGAAGAGAGGAGCACCUUGCAGACACUCAAACAAAUAACACUCCGACUCCAGCCAGCUUGAUAAAUACAGCAUGUUUGAAAAACAGACACAAAGGCCUUUGUAAAUCUGGCCCACAGUUCAAUGUAUCUUUACACCUUUGCUUGUCUGUUGAUGGUUUUUAAAAAAGGAAGAUAACACUCCACCCUCCAAACUUUAAAUGCAGGGUAUUAGUCUUACUACAGCCAAUCCAAAGCUUGACAGGUCUGCCGUGCCUAGUUGUGGUUGCUGAGCUAUGACUGGAUAGUUGCUGUUGGGGGUGGGCUUUAGCAAGCGGUCAAUUUGAGCCAUUUUAGCCAGAUCCCACUGUGCUUCCCCAAUAAGGAAAACUGUAUCCUAACAUCCACACUUGCAUUCAAAGUGGUUUCAAUGCCACUGACUGGCCUUCCAGUAAAGCACAGCCUAAAAUCUGAGCCCUCUACUGUAAAACGAACAAUGUACAUGUUCACAUCAGACCAAAAUCAAAUCCACCAGGGAGUGUUACUGUACAGGAAGGUGCUAUCCUACCUCCCCAGCCAAGAUUUAGUCCUGAUCAAGAGCUAUUUAUAAUGGAGGAGACACAGAGUAAUAUAUUAAGAAGCUUUUCUGCGCUGCACUCCGUGAGGAGAGUGAAUGCCUGUAAUGAUUUAUAAUAUGUGUCACGCUGUUGUGCUAGAAUAGUGAUGAUGAUGAUGAUGAUGACGAUGCAGUGAAAUAUGAAAUCUUAAAAAACUUUCAAUAUGAAAAGAAGUCUUUGUUUAUAAAUAUGACCUGAUUGCGAUUUUCCUGUUUAUAGUUUAUAGUAUCAGUUGACACCGGUGCCAUUGAAUAAGACGCCAUUUUUCCCCCGCUUCCUGAAUAUUGAAAAGAAGAGCCAGGAAGCAGUGGCACCCUCUCUUUCUCUCUGUCUCUCGCUCUUUUUCUAUCUCUCUCUUUAAACUCCCCAAAGAUGGGCCCCCCUAGUGGAUCGGCUGACUAACUACAAAAGCACAAAGAGACUCAAUCAUCAUUUAAAGGCGCCAUUUUGCUUUCCUUUCAGAACCAUUUAGUACUUCUUCUUCUUCUCCCCCUUUUGAGUGCUUGUCCUUGUGCUGUUUGACAUCCUGAAAUUGUUUCUAUAAAAGCUUGCUUUCGUGAAAAAACAAGUGAAACUGUUUUCUUUUUUGUUUGUCUCCUACAUCAGUUCUGCGCUGUGACAAUGUAUGACACCAGGGUUUGAGGCCUUACCCAUCCUGUACAGACACAGUAGGACAGAGUUGCCCUUCAGCACUGAUCUGAAAUCAGUGUGUUAUCCCUCUCACAUGUUUGAGGGCCCACGGUGUUGAUCUUGUGAGGGGGCAAUAUCUUCCUAAACCUGUACGUAGCUUCCUGUCUCACUUCUGUCCAUACAAGAUUUGUACAGUAAUCAGUGAACGAGAAGAGAAGACACAAUGUCAAUAGCAAUUAUUUACAUUUGACUUUAGAUUUUAGUGAUGAAGCUUUCAUUAUGAUAAAAAGACUAAGAGGUGUGUGGUGUUGUUUUAGCCAUCGUCUGCAAGUGUUUACAUAUCUUUUGUUUGUUUGUUUUGGGGUAUGCGUGGCUGGCCGUAGCGCCUUAUUGCUACAGUGUAGUUUUGCUAGCUAACAGAUUGGAGGCACCGAAUCUGCAGCGUGAGACAUAAAAUAUAGCUAUAUAAACAUAUAACUAUAAACACUGAACAAAGCUGUUAGUUUGUCAAUCUUUGUUGUUUCUUGUUUUUGAAAUAGUGAUAGAGUGGAUCAUUUUACAUUUGUAGAUCUCAAAAGUUGUCCAAUCUUCUAAAGAAGAUUCUUAUGACGGCUCACCUGCUGUGCUGCCAGUGGGCACCGCAGCAGGAGCCUUUCCUUAUUUCUGUCUCUCUCUCUUGAUCUUUCUGAGGCAUUAUUGAACCUGAACCACACCAGCUGAAAACAAGGACAGUGCCUUUAGUUUUAUAUGUCAACACCCACCCAACCCCUCCCCACCCGACUGACAAC